AUGGAUUCUUGUGUUUACGACGUGGUAAGCAAUGCGGCUAAUGAAACAGAGGAAACCGAAUUGAACAGCGUUGAAACGAAACGGAUAUAUCUUUGGAGACAAAUGUUUGUAUCAAGCGGUGUUUGGUCGGUUUAUUUUGUUCUUGGCUUGGGCUUCGGAGCGCCAACUGUAAUGAUCCCACAGAUCAGAAGAGAAGCUAACUCAACAGACGCAGUCACGGAGAGCAUGGCUUCAUGGCUAACAUCCGUCCACGGGUACGGCGCGCUUCCAUGGGUAUUCGUGAUACCUCUUUUGACAAGAUAUGUUGGAAGAAAAAUACCUUUUCUAAUAAUCUGUCUCGUUACUUUGGUAUCAUUUCUGUUAUUUUACUUCAGUACCAAUACAACACAUUUAUUGAUCAGUGCGAUUACGCAAGGCAUGCUUCUAGCAAGCAACAUGACUUUGUUGGUUGUUAUUGUAACGGAAUACUCCUCCCCGAAAUAUCGAGGAAUAUUCAUGAUAUUCAAAUCUACGGUUUUCUUUUGGGGAGUAUGGGUCGCUAACGCGACGGGAGUCUUUUCCCACUGGAAAAACAUCGGGUACAUCGCCUUUGUUUGUUCUAUGUACCCUUUGACCGUCGUAUUUUGGCCCGAAUCGCCUUACUGGUUGGCGAUGAAGGGCCGGUUCGAAGAAUGUGCCGCUUCACACCACUGGCUGAAAGGGUACGAUAAAGAUUCCCAAUGUGAACUCGAGACGUUGAUUGAUUCUCAGAAACAGUAUAUUAAAAUGUGUGCGGAGAAUAAACGAAAUGUUGCAGGGAAUAGGGUGAAGUUUAUUUAUGAAACUAUAAGCACAAAAGCAUUUUACAUGCCAAUGUUUAUAUCUGUUGUAGUAAUGUCAAUGUAUCAUUUCUCUGGAAAAUUAGUAUGCACUAUGUAUGCGAUGGAUUUAAUUAAUCAAAUAACUGGCAGCAACGUGACCUCAAGUUAUGGCAUGCUGAUUAUGGACAUCAUUACAAUAAUAGGUAUGCAGCUCGGAUGUAUUUUAUCAAAGUUUUUGAAAAGGCGUACAUUGUUGUUGUCUUCGGCUACUUCGGGAAUUUUCUUUCUCUAUGUCAUAUCUGUAUAUUUGUAUCUAGUUAAGUAUUCGGUUAUUGCCGAGAAUAGAUAUUUGUCAAUAUUGUUUCUGACAUUAUUUUCCGUGUCAAUAAGUCUCGGUCCCAUGAUAAUGCCGUCCACUAUAUUUGGAGAGUUAAUAUGUUUAAGGUACCAAACGCCUUGUUUACUUUUAUUGACAUUGUUUUCUGAAUUAUUAAUGGCAACUAUUUUGAAAAUAUCUCCGUAUAUAUUUCGUACCUUAACUUUACCCGGUGCUUUUCUGUUUUACGGGCUAUCAGCAUCUUUUUUCGCUUUACUUGUUUACAAAUAUUUACCGGAAACUAAAGAUAAGACGUUAUUUGAGAUUGAGAAUUAUUUCAAAGAUCCCAAUCAGAGACAAAACGAUGUUGAGAGGGUUUUGAUAAAGCAUAGGUAAU